UUCGCUAUUUUUAAUUUCAAAGCUGUGAAUUUUAAUUUAAGUGCUUCUUUUCAAUUUCGGAAAUUUCUCUCUUAAUUAAACUUGCUUUCCGCUCUUUUUGUUUGUUAGAAGAUGCAUUGUUCACAUUGUAAACAUUGAUAUGUAAGUGAUGCUAUAUAAGUGAGUACAUUUGUAAAGCUUUUCUGAUUACAGAUGAGUUGAGAAUAAACUCCUGUUGGAAGCAAGCACUGUCUCCCCCUUGACUUCCGUCGAAAAAAAUCUGUUGGUACCAGGAAAUCGUGACCAGUUUCCGCUCUCGCAAGCCUGGGUCGUAUUUUCCAGAGCUAUUUCUUCCCCGGGUUUUGAGACUGUUGCCCGCUAAGUUCGGAAGUGUGUGUACAUCCGAAAAACCUAUCGUCACAAAACACGGUGAAAAAAUUCAUAUUCAGUCUCGAUCUUGAGUAAUUGAUUAAAUCAGCUGGGUCACAGUUUAGUAAAAACCAGUUAUUUUAAAGAUCGUACCAGACACAAUUUUAUCCGUGAUGUCGAAGUUCAUGGACUAAUGGAAAAUCUCGUUUCAGGACACAGCUGUUUAGUGCUCGUGACUUUGUCGGCGAACCGGCCACGUCUUAUCCUGCAGCUGGUGAUAUGGAACCACCCUCAGAUAGUAGUAGUAGAGGUGGUAAAACACAAGACACCAACCCAGCACUGCCCCAGUUGAGGAAAGAAAAAGAAUACCUUUGUAGUCAGUGUGACCAACGUUUUGAGACCCCAACACUACUCCGCAAACACUAUCGUUCCCACACAGACUUACCUUUCAAGUGCCAUGUUUGUGGACAAGGCUUUGCCGAUUUCCGAUCCAGAAGGGAACAUAUUCAGCAACACAGAGCUGAACGACGGUUUAAAUGUUCUGAUUGCGGACGGAGUUUCGAUGACAUACCAGCAAUUGAUAGCCAUCGUUGUCGCGGCAGCGUCAUCGAACCCAAACGUUUUCGAUGUGACCAGUGUGGUAAGACUUUUGGCAGGAAAGAUAUUCUCGAGAAUCACUUACCAACCCAUUCGAAAGUAAAGCAAUUCAGUUGCGACCUCUGUGACAAGCAGUAUACGCAAAGAACCGCUCUCAUUAGACACAAAAAGGUUCAUAGUUCAAGUAGGGAUCUGACCUGUCGCUGCCACGUCUGUGGAAAACUGAUGUCUUGCGACACUUCCCUCCGUGACCAUCUAAGAACUCACACUGGAGAAAAGCCCUACAAAUGUAAAGAGUGCGGAAGAUGCUUCGCUCAGAGUUCGACUCUUGUUGGACAUGUUAGAACGCACACUAACCAAAAGGAGAAGCCUUUCAAGUGCAAUGAUUGUGGCAAAAGUUUUUUCCGUGUCGGUGAUUUCCACAUACAUCAGCGUAUUCACACAGGCGAGAAGCCCUAUAAAUGCGAUCAGUGUGAAAAACGUUUUCGACUCAAUUCGUCCCUUUCUAAACAUAAAAUAGUCCACAUUCCUGUUGAGAUGCGAGUAGAGAAGGCUGCAAAAGAGGGAAAGCUCUACAAAUGUGGUUACUGUGACAAAGUAUUUAUAUCUAACUCACACUUUCGAAGACAUGAGCGAACCCACACUAAAGAGAAAACCCACCGAUGUACACACUGUAAUAAACGUUAUUCUCGCAAGGAAGAUCUCACAGUACACCUCAGUACUGUACACGGUUCUGGUGAAACACAUGAAUGCUGGAUUUGCGGAAAGCUUUUAAGUAGCUAUCGUAAGAUGAGGUUACACAUAUGUCUACACACCGGUGAAAGACCACAUGUGUGUUCUGUUUGUGGUAAGGGAUACAUGAGCUUAAAGAGCCUUAAAAAACAUCAACGAACGCUGCAUGGAAACACGCUCAAAAACGGGCGUGUAGAACCAGAGCCAGUUUGAUUGAUUUUGUUACCAUGCAAGAUUAGUUUAUUCAGUUACAUUACCAUUGAUCUUACGAAAGAUUUGGAACUUUUAUUUUUUAGAAAAAAUUUCUGUUCUAAACGUUUGUGGCCUGUAUCGUGUGCCGGCAUGCAGAUUAAUUAUAUUGCAAAAGUAAGGGUGAGAUAUUAAGAAAAAUAAAGGUUCAUUUCUUAAAACUGCGGCUGUCACAAGAUUGCGAGCGAUGGUAUCGUAACGUUACAUGUUAUAUCGCUGUAAUCCUAGAACAUUUCGUUUUAUUAGUACGAGCCACUGCCUUCGGAAUAUCAUGUGAUAAAGUUGUUCACUAGUUAGUCAUGUAAAGAGAGGUAUUCAAAAGGAGAGGAGGUGAGUGAAGGUUGGUUGUCGUGGACGUUUGCAAGCUUUUUGUAACUCAGUACAGCUGGAAUAAAUGAUCUAAGGGUUUACAUUUCUAUUAUCAAUCUCGUUCCUACAAUCAUGGACAAAGCAGUUGAGACACUCCCCGAAAAAGACCUGUUUCGUUGAACGUGUGUGUUUUACAAUCUCCAAUUUUAUAUUUCGACCCCCUCUCCCCUUUUCAAUGUUGUAACCACGUGACAGUGUCCACGGAGCGUAUUUCAACAUUGAAAAGGGGGAGAGGGGGUUUGCCUAUCAACAAAACAGAUGUUUUUGAAAUUACGGAAGGACGCCGAUAGAGAGCGUUUGUUUUGCUCAGAUGUGUCAACACUUUUGUCUAUGAUUGUAGGUUCGAUAUCCGCUGCUCACUGUCCCACUUACUCGAGUCAGUUCGGAGAGGAGCGCGGGCUCCUUACUUGAACAGCGGCUGGUAAUCAAGCCUACCUCGUUCCCAGGGUCCUCUCUUAUCCUCCCUCGAGAAAGUACAACCUCGUCCCCAGGGCCUUCUCCACUUUUCGAAAUGGUGGGACGGGAGAAUACCCUGGGCAAUGCUGAACUAACACCCUUGCUAAUUGGUCCAUUCAUACGAACAGGCUGAUUGGUUUAAAUACAUUCUAAACAAAUAUGGCGGACUUGGCGAGUAUUUAUACGAAUAAGAAAGGGAUACAGGAGUGUUCUCCCGACGAGCCGCCAUUUUGAAAAUCGUCGAAGAGAAGGCCCUGGCGACGAGGUUGCGAGAAAGUAUCCUUGACCAAGAGAGGAGACCCUGGGAACUAGGUUGUCCUAUUAUUUGUGAAUUAAUUACCUACAGCUAAUCAUUGCUAUCUCGAACUUGUACAAUUUUCCUUUGAUAUGCUUCUGAUGCUACAGCACUUCAACUAGUUUUUGUUUCUUAGUUGGAGAUAGGGAUUCAACUGUUCAUUGAAACAUCUUUCAAACGCACCACUCGUUUCCAUAGAUUAUAUCCUUCUAAAUAUCAUGAAUGACACGAAUAAAACAAAUGAAGCCAUGGAUGUACGAUUUUUUUCCGUUUUCGCCUUAGUUUUAACAGCGGUUUCGAUCGCGAAGAUCUUUCAUACACUCAAGACAGUGUUUGACAACAUUUCCAAACCCCUCGAAGUUCGUCGAAAAUAACUCUCUUUUCGGUGUUUGGGAAUGUGGUCAAACACGGUCUUUCGCGUUUGAUACUUAUUACUUCUUAUAUUCUUAUGUUUAUGCUACGCCACAUUUGCAUUUACACGAAAACAUAUUUAAAUUAAAUGUUAAAUUGAUGGAUUGAUUAAUUGAAAAUUGAAUCCCUGAUUGGUUGAUUGAUUAAUCGAUUGAUUGAUUAAUUGUUGUUUGAAACUGAAUAUCGCUCGAUACCAGGCGCACGAGGCCAACAAACUACAUACUGUAGUUGUGUCACGGGAAAUCUGUCCGGAAGACAGGUAGAAAGAACUUGCUGACCAGUAUAUAUGAGUAUCUUCAUAACUUGCUGAAUAAUGACAAUGAGUACAUGCACGUGGUUUCUAGCAAUAGACUUUUCACAGCGUCUCUCUUCUUUCAUUGAGCAGCGGGCGAGCUAUCAUCACAAAGGGAGUGUAAGCGCACACUUAAGGGGAGCAGGAGCAAUCAAAUUUUAGCCUAUUUUAAACAAAUAACUUGUUUAAUAUGAUUAUAACAGCUGAAUUUCUAGUUUUAAUUGAUAAUUAAGCAGCUGUAUUAAUAUUAUUUUUAUAAUUUCUUUUUUAAGUGUCCUCAAUUAGUAGAGGGUCUUUACCCCCGGCUAGAUAGGCCCGACACUUGAAUAAAGUCAUUGUUGUUGUUGCCGCGCGCUCUGAAAAUCCUCGCGCUCAGCGAUCGCUUCGCUCCCGUUCUUUCAACUUUCAAAAACAAAUUAAGAAAACUAAGAGACCGUGAACAGUCCAGCCAAGGAAUGACUUGAGAAAAAAAAAAAAGGAACUAACAAAAUACGCUGGUAGUAUUCUAAAAUGUGCUUAAAAUGGACUUAGUAACAAUAAUCCUAGCCUGCGAACGCCUCCGUCCUUCAUUACCUAAUAUAACCGGCCUGGAGCAAUGAGAUGAUCUGAGAGGCGGCUUUAUUUGCAAGCUACAACACUUGCAGUUUCUAUAAGAGCGGGGGUGAAAUUAGAAAUCAGAGGUAAAGAAGAGCUCGAAUAAUACUUCGCUUUGGUGGUUUUUCUUCCCUAUAUCAAGAAAGGUAUCAUUUGGAUAUUCAUUAGGUUCUGGUUCAUACGUCAAGAGGCGUUCUUGAGUAUAUUUUACCCUCGGGAUUAAGCACUAGGAAGACCCUAGAAGGAGGAUCACCCUACCGGCUUACAUGUACAUGUACUUACCUACCGUUAACGCUAAGGAAUAUCCUAGCACCAUAUUAACUACCUUCGCUCGGAAGAUCCUUUGUAGUAUUGUGAGGGGGCGGGGAGAGGGGGACAGUACUAAGGCCUAAAAAACGAACAAGUAAACAACACGACCGAGAUUUCUGCAUGUAAACCAAACGAAAAGUUGUUAGGUCGCCUUCUAGGAUCUUCUCCCCACCAUAUGAAGGACAGGACUGUGUAAAACGCAGACUGAGGACUGCAGACUGAGGACCGGGGGUAAACUGCAAAGUGCAGACUAAGGGUAAAAUGUGGACUGCGGAUCAGGGAUAAAAUGCAGAUGACUAAAGACGUUUUUAGUAUAUAUCGUUGGUUUUUUUUUUCCAUUAUUGAGCGCUAACGCCGUAAACAGGGUUAUUAGCCUGUUAGCAGGAGCCAUAAUCGGGGACGGAGACCGUAAGCGCGCGCCAUUUCAAGUAUUGGGGUU